AUGGGGGAUUAUGCAGGUGCUGAUGGCGAGAGAAUGAAGCCGGCGCUGCCCGAGGAGGGGGCCGGGCUCUAUGUCAGGAGGAGAGUGGAUCGGUGUCAGCCGCAAGGAAUUGUGGGUAGGAAUAUGCAGAUCAAUGCAAAUGUCUCUUCUCAUUGGCUCUCUCUCCGUGUGUAUGUGCUGCAGCUGGAGGCGAGUCUGCUCCUCAGGGGACAGGAUCCCGUCACCAAUGCAGAUUUGGACCAGAACCUGUGCUGGAACUGGAUGGGCCCAGAGAGCUGCCGCCUGGAGCCGGUUGGCUGGACAGAAGAGAGGGAGCUGGAGCAGACCCUGCGGCUGGAGGCCGGGGAGCGGGAGAAGGACUCCCUGGAGACGAGGAGUCUGGCUCAGCAGAACGUGGAGCUCCGGCGGAGGCUGGAGGAGGAACAAGCCGCAUACAAGCGCAAGCUCCAGGCCUAUCAGGAAGGGCAGCAGCGACAGGCGCAACUAGUGCAGAAAUUACAAGCAAAGGUGAUGCAGUACAAGAAGAAGUGUGGGGAGGCGGAGCAACAGCUUCUGGAACGAUCCACAGAGUUGGAACAGGAGCGCCUGACAAGUCGCCUGGAGCUGACAGAUACCCGGUUGCGGCAGGAGGAGGCGGCCAAUAACGAUCUGGAGGAUGCGCUUAUCCGAUUGGAGGAGGAACAGCAGAGAAGUACCAGUCUGGCCCAGGUUAAUGCCAUGCUAAGGGAGCAGCUCGACCAGGCCAACUCAGCCAAUCAGGCCCUGAGCGAGGACCUCCGCAAGCUGACAGCCGAUUGGACGAAAGCCCGCGAAGAGUUGGAGCAGCGAGAAAGUGAGUGGCGACGUGAGGAGGAGUCCUUUAACAGUUACUUCAGUAACGAGCACAGUCGGCUGCUCUCACUCUGGCGCCAAGUGGUCAGUCUGCGGCGACUCUUCAGCGAAAUGAAAAGCAUGACAGAGCGUGACCUCUCCCAGCUGCAUAAGGAGCUGUCUCAGUCCUGCCGGUCCCUACACGCUUCCUGCCUGAAUGUGAGUGGCUCCCAGCGCAUGGCCGAGAGUACCGGGGUGGUUCAGGCGGAGAGACAAGCGCUGCAACUGGCGCAGCUGGAGGAGCAGCUGAAGGACAAAGUGCGCCAGAUGAUUCAGUUGCAGGCAGCGUAUGAUGCAGAGAAGGCGGAGCUAAAUGCCAAGGUCACUGAGCUCAAUAAGACUGCGGAGAGACUGCAGGAUGAGAGCAGAGAGAGCGAGAGGCAGAGACUGCAGGAGCAGGAGCAGAGCCGCUCGGAGGAACAGGCCGCCCUAUUGGGCGAGGAGGUGGAUGCGCUGAAGUGUGAGAAGGAGGUGCUGCAGGAGGCACUCCGAGAGCUCACUCAGGCCGUGCUGAGUGACAGUGACAGUGGCCUCCAGCUCUCCGGCAGCGACCGCACCUCCGACCCUACAGAGAGUGAGGGGCUAGGGUUCAGCCUACGGGGGGGGCUCUCCAGCAGCCUGCGCACUUCCUCCCCCCUCCGCCGCUCCUCACCCCACCGCAGCAGCUCCCCCAGGCGCAGCUUGUCCCCCGCCUUCCGAGAAUCCGCCGUGUCCGCCGUGCACUCGGCAUUGCAAAGGAGACAGCUGCAACUGCAGGAGCUGAGAGGACGGCUGGACGCCGGGCAGGAGACAGUCGGUUCCCUACGGAAGCAGCUGAGCGAUAAUGAGAAUGAGCGCAGGGCCCUCGAGCAGAAGAUCCAGCAGCUCCAGCAGGAGCGAGAUGUUAUGGGCGGAGCCAAGGAGGAUGCAGAGCGUGAUGUCACCCGACUGCGCAAUCACAUAGAGCAACUCAACGGAGAGAAGGGGGCGCUAGAGAAGAGUUUGCAGAACCUGCAGGAAGAGCUGAAUGGGCAGCGCCAAGAAAAUGAGAAGCUCCAAUUGGCCAACAGUGACCUCCAGCGCCAGAGAGACCUCCUGCAGGAGGAGAAGGAAGAUGUCUGCCGAGACCGAGAGAGAGCCUUGCAGAAUGUGGACAGGGGGCACAAGGCGCAGGAGCAGCUGGAGGUGAAGCUGUCGGCCCUCAGGAAGGAGCUGGUGGUGGUGAAGGAGUCGCUGCACAAGUGCUCCCUGGAGAGGGAGGUCUCUGAGGCCGAGAGAGUCGAUGUCUCCCAGGCUCUGUCCAAGGCGGAGACCCGGCUGGCAGAACUGGAGCUGACGCUGAACAGACAGAGGACGGAAGAAGCGUCGCUGCGAGACGCACUGUCUAAAAUGAGCGCCCUGAAUGAGAGUCUGGCGCAGGACAAGACCGAGCUGAGCCGCAUCAUUGCCCAGCUGGAGGAGGAGCGGGCCCACCUGCAGGGGCAGAAGCAUGAGGUGGAGCAGGAGAAGGCCUCCAUCCGGGAUGAGCUGGUCCGAUUGGAGCAGGAGAAACUGGAGCUGGACACGGAGCGCUUUGGGCUCGACAACUCCCUGCAGGCCAUGGAGCAGAACCGCGAGAAGCUGCUGCAGGAGGUGCAAGCUCUGCGCAAGGAGAGGGGGCAACUACAGGAGCAGCUGGGGCAGGUCUCCCGGCAACGGAACAUGCUGAGCGAGGAUCUAGUGCAGAGCCGCCGGGAUGUGGAACUGCAGAGCGAGUGUCUGCUCCGCGCGUCCCGGGAGAAAGAGGAGCUGAUGAAAGACAAGGGCAGUCUGGUGGUGCAGCUCACUGCCUCCGAGAGGGAGAGCCGGGCCCUGGCCGAGGAAAUAGCUGUGCUCAGGACAGAGAAGGAAGCGCUGGAGACGGCCCUGUUUGAGGCGCAGCAGCAGCUGAUCCAUGUGACCUCCCGCAAGGAGCAACUGGAAGUCGAGAGUCAGAACCUGCGGCUGAACAAGGAGUCUCUGCAAGGGGAGAUCGGCUCUGUGAGGCGCCAGAUGGAGGCCGAGAUCAGUAAAUUAGAGCGGGAUAAAGAGGCGCUGAGUCAGCAGCUGAACCAGAUGGAGCAGGAAGCCCAAGUCACUCUCAGGAACGAGCAGCGAGCCCACGGGGAGGAUGUGGAGCGGCUCAGCCAGGAGAAGAAUGAGUUGCGCCUGGAGCUGGAAUCAGAGAAGGAGGAGCUGGUGCAUCGGCUGACGCAGGAGAGGGAGGAGCUAGUGGCGCGGCACGAGAUGGAGCGGGAAGAGAUGAGCGAGGAGAUUGCGGCGCUGCAGCAGGAGAGAGAUGAGAGCCUCCUACAGGCAGAAUUUGAGAAGCAGCAGGCGCUGUCUGUCAAGGAGUCCGAGAAGGCGUCUCUGAGCGAGAGACUGACCCAGGCCCAGCACGGCCUGUCUGGCCUCAGCCUGGAACUGGAACGGCACAAGCGCGACAGCCAGAUCCGCCAGGAGCAGGACCGGGGCACCAUCCUGGCUCUCAACUCCGAGCUGAAGGGCCUGCGGGGGCAGUUGGAGGAGGCACUGGUGCUGCACGACAGGGAGCUAAAGGGUCUGAACGAGAAGAGCAGGGAGGUGUCCAAACACCGAGAGUCUGCCCAGCGGGAGGUGGAGGAGCUGAAGACCCAGCUGUGUGUGGUGGAAGACGCCAGGGACGCGGUGCGGCGGGAGCUGAUUGAGGCUCACAGGCGAGUGCGGGAGGGCCAGGAGCUGCUGGAGGGCCACAAGAAGGAGAACAUGGAGCUGAGACGGGCGCUGGGGGACGAAGCCAAAGAGAAGGAGGCGGUACAGAAGUCUAACGAGGAGCUGCGAGGGGCCGUGCGCAGGGCGGAGAGUGAGAGGAUCAGUCUGAAGCGCAGUAACGAGGAGAAGGAGCAGCGGCUCAGUGUGUUAGAGGAAGCGCGCGGCGCCUCGGAGAAGGAGGUAAAUGACCUGCGCAGCAGCCUACGGGAUGUGGAACGCUCGCGCCUAGAGGCUCGCCGGGAGUUGCAGGAUCUGCGCAGGCAGCUCAAACUUCUCGAUGACGAGAGCAUCAAGCGCAGCCGGGACAUGGCCGAGGUGCAGGCGCGACUGUCUACCUACGAGCAGCGCGAGGAAGAGAGUCGCCGAGACAACUUCAACCUCAAACAGAAACUCAUGGAGACGGAGGCCGGCAGGGAGGCAGCGAGGAAGGAGCUAAGUGCCCUGCAGAGGAAAGUGGCGGAGGUGGAGGGCGAGUUUGGGGUGCGGGAGCGGGAGCUGCAGGGGAGCCUGGAUGAGGCCCGGGGGAAUGAGAAGAAGCUUCUGGACAACACUCGGAACCUUGAGAUCAAGCUCCAGGCGGCUCAGGAGGAGUCGGGGCAGCUCGGGCUGCGUCUCAGCGCCAGUGAGGGGCGGGUACAUGGGCUGGAGGCAGAGCUCAGCCGAUUGGAGGGGCUGAAACGGGAGGUGGAGUUUAAACUGGGCAGCCUUCACUCCGCCCUCCGCAGAACCUUGGGAAUUGGACGCGCUGGUCGUACUCCAAGCCCCGCCUACAGGGGGCGCAGCGGCUCUCCCAAAAGGCGUUUCUCACCCCUCAAGGCGUUCGACAACACGUUCGCCACAACCACCGACGGGCGCGGCAGCCCCAUUCCCCGCACAGGGAGCCCCGACCGGAGCAAGACCCCCGAGCGCCCCCUGUCUCCCACCCGCGGGGAGCAGUUAGUGGCGGAUAUCGACCCGGAGGUGGUUAGAGCCGCGCUGCGAGACUUCCUGCAGGAACUGAGGGACACGGAGAGAGAGCGGGAUGAACUACGCACCCAGUUGGGAACCUCAAACCGCCAUUUGGCGGAGAUGGAGGCCGAGCGAGAUGGAGCGCUCACCCGAGUCCAACAGCUCCAGAAAGUCCUGUCUGAGUGCGAGGAAGCGAAACGCAAUGUGGACGGGAAGCUCGGCGGCUUGCAGACAACUCUGAUUCUGCAGGAAGAGACACUGCGCCGGUACGAGAGAGAGCGCAAGUUGGCGCAGGAGAAAGCGGCCAGUCUGGAGCGCAGCCUUCAGGCAGCAGAGGGCGAGCAGAGAGCGGCCCAGGACAAAAUGAACAAAAUCAAAGCCAACGAGGCCAAAUAUGAGAAUGAGCGUCGGCGCCUGAAGGAGGUACUGGACGCCUCGGAGAGCCGCAAUACCAAACUGGAGCUGUCCCGCCGGGGGCUGGAGGGGGAACUGCAGCGACACAAACUGGUUCUGGCCGACCGGGAAGCAGAGAUGCAGGAAAUGCAGCAGCGCAUGGAAGCCCUGCAGCGACAGCUGUCGGACAGUGAGGGAAGGGUGGGCACCCUGCAGCUGUGUGUGGAGCGGCUGAACAGCACCCUGGCCAAGGCUCAGGAGAGCGAGACGUCCCUGAAGGAGAAGGUGCAGAGCCUGACGGGUGCCCUGUCCGACAGUAACUGCACCUCUGCCAGCUCCCACGACAAACUCAACCAGCUGCAGAAGGUGCUGACAGGCAGCGAGCACGAGAGGCGCAUCCUACAGGAGCGGCUGGAAGCUGCCCGGCAGGCAGUAGCGGAGGGCAAGAAGCAGAACGUGGCUCUAAUGGAGCAGAACCAAGUGCUGCGAGACGAACAGGCAGAAGGGGAGCUCCAGCGGGCGGAGCUAGAGGGACAGGUGCGCCAGAUGCAGGAGAUUCUGCGCCAGCGCCAGGAGAGUGAGGGCGCCUCCCUGAGGAACGUGCAGAAGCUGCAGGAGGAGCGCGAGGUGCUGCAGGAGCGGCUGUGCGGGCUGCAGCGCGCGGUGGUUCAGCUGGAGAGCGAGAAGCGCGAGGUGGAAAGGUCCUCAAUGCGCCUGGAGAAGGACAAGAACGCACUGAAGAAAACACUGGACAAGGUGGAGCGGGAGAAGCUAAAGACAGCAGAGGACACCCUGCGAUUAUCAGCAGAGAAAGGGCGGCUCGACCGGUCUCUAACCACAGUGGAACAGGAACUGGCUGAGGCCCAGAGACAGGUGCAGCUCCUAGAGGCGCAGAUGGCAGACAUGGAGCAGACGCACUCGCAGAGCCUGAUGGAGACGGCGACUCGGCACCGCCAGGAGCUGCAACUGGAGAUUGAGCGGCUGCGUAACGCUCAGAUUCAGGCAGAGCGCACGUUGGAUGCACGAGAGAGAGCCCACCGACAGCGAAUCAGAGGCCUGGAGGAGCAGAUUUCCACCCUAAAGGACCAAUUACAGCAGGAGCUGCGCCGGUGCCAGAAGGUUUUCAGCCAACCGUCCCUCCUCUCAGGGAAGUGACCCCAGGGUGCCAGCAGGGGGAGCCCUUACACACCCGGCGGUGCCACCUAAUGACGAGCUGAAGUUUUGAAGCACAAAAAUGUAUUUUAUUCACUUGAUCGCUGCGCCGAACUAGAAGGACAAGCCACACCCUCUUCUGUGGCCCCUCCCCUUGCGACACCGCUGGGAACACAGUGAGGGUGCACUGGGGAGACAUUGGGGGGCCGGAACACUAAGCACAUUAGGGUGCAAACAUUCCUGUAGAACAUGGGGCAUGGUCAUGUGACUGCUCCAGGAUUGGACCAAAUACAAAGGGCAUUACUGGACUGUACCUGCUUUUCCUCUCACCCCCUGUGGGAAUUUACCCCGGGGGCAUGAGUAGGGGGGAUUCCUGCUCUGAAGCUGCAUUACUGUUUGUAGCCUUCAGUAUUUUUCAAUUAGCCUCUCCUAUUCCUGAUCUGGGUGCUGCAUUAUAGGGUUAAUGGCCUCCCAGUCACAAUGGUACCGUCCAAACCAUAGGGGUAAAUAUGUCUCCAUCCCCCUAGAAACUGCCCCUUUCAGCCAUUCCAGCACUUCAUGGCCGCUCCUUAGUCUUAAUCUCGUUUUUAGGUU